AUGGAAAAGAGCAUCCAAGAGCCUAACCCCUUUGACCAUCUGAUCAUAGAAUGUCAAGAUGACCCUAAACAAAUCCAAGCGCGAUAUGAGACUCAUCGAUCCAACCGCAAUGCGCAAUUCGGGGAUAAACUCCUCAGCAUGGACUUCAAAGGAUGGCAGAUCGACGAAAUUCUGAGGAAGUUGCAUACACAUGCUGGAGCUGACGGCAAAACAUCACCGUUCGUCGAUCCGCGGCAUAAUCUGACUCUCUACGCUCGACCACCGCAGCAUAUCCGGGAUUUGGUGGCUGAGAUCCAGCAGGAUGUUCGCGAGGUGGCUUCAAGCGUUUGGUUUACGCCCCCAGAACAACUGCACAUGACCACACUGGAGAUUGCUAGCUGUCGACCCGAGCCGGAAAUUGAAGGGUUGGUCUCUCAUCUCCAGGACCAUGGCGUUGUACCGGAGCUGGUGGAUUUUCUAUUCCACCAUCGGACGCGCCUGGUUAAGCCCAUGGUCAGCUACGAUGCAACGGCGAUGGCGCUGUCUUUUGUCCCUGCUGCCGGAGAGGAGACGACCACUGCCCACAACAUAGAAAACGACGGAUAUACAUAUCACCAUUUGCGUCGUGAUGUCUCUAGUAUUGUCACAGCGACAGGGUUACAAACGAGGCCAAGGUACAUCGCCCUCUCAGCACAUAUUACGAUCGCGCGUUUCAUCACCCAGGACGGGUUUGUGCUAGAGAACCCCAAUCACGCGGGAGGAGAGACGGUGGACCAUGCGCGAGUGGCUGCACUGGUAGAAAGGGUGGAGAAGAUUAAUGAGAAGCUCCGGCAGAAGUACUGGUUUCGUGAAGACGGGGUCAUCUCCAGGAAGGGGGAGUGGCUAGUCGGGGAAGAAAGAGGGCUGGAAUUCUGUAAAGGCACAUCAUUUUAUGGCGGAGGAGACGCCGUCCUUGUCGGCAAAGGGUUCCACUAA